UUUUUUUAUUGUUAAAAAUGAAUAUUCAACAUUUCUAUUUUAAGGAUUGAUAGGCCAGCAGCUAUGUCCUAAAAACUAGCAUGCCUAAAGACAAAAAUUUAUUCUCCUUGCAAUAUGGAUAUGGAGAAAAUCGAGACCAUAACGCUGAGAGGAACAAUCAAUUCUUUUUACAACAAUAUUCUCACCCUUUCUUCCGAUCACUUCAUCCGUGAUCGGCCUGAGGUGUUCGGCGGGGCUAUCAUUUUCCGGCGAGUCUUCUCAUCGUCUACUUUGUUAAUUUUUUAAUUAUUUGUGAAAGGGAGAGAAUAUGAGCUGCUUUGGCUGUUUUGGAGGAGGUGCGUACCAUAGAACCGCACAUAAUGGAGGUGGUUACAUGCCCCAAAACAUGGGAGGGAGAGAUGGAAGUUAUCAGUUAAUCGAUAAUGCCCCUCGCAAAUCACCAAUGAUAGUCCAGCCUAUAGCUGUUCCUGAAAUUCCCAUAGAUGAACUAAGGGAAAUUACAGAAAACUAUGGGUCCAAUGCUUUAAUAGGAGAGGGAUCAUAUGGUAGAGUAUAUUAUGGAGUGCUUAAAAACGGACUUUCUGCAGCAAUUAAAAAAUUAGAUGCCAGUAAGCAACCAGAUGAUGAAUUCUUAGCUCAGGUUUCCAUGGUUUCAAGGCUAAAACAUGAAAAUUUUGUCGAACUUCUUGGUUAUUGUGUCGAUGGCAACCACCGUAUUCUUGCCUAUGAGUUUGCAUCAAUUGGAUCUUUGCAUGAUAUCCUUCAUGGGAAGAAGGGUGUGAAAGGAGCACAACCUGGACCUGUUUUGUCAUGGGCACAACGGGUAAAAAUUGCAUUUAGUGCUGCAAGGGGGCUUGAGUUCUUGCAUGAGAAGGCAGUUCCCCACAUUAUUCACCGUGAUAUCAAGUCUUGUAACAUACUGCUCUUUGAGGACGAUGUUGCUAAGAUUGGUGAUUUUGAUCUGUCAAAUGAAGCUCCUGACAUGGCAGCACGACUUCAUUCUACUAGGGUUCUUGGAACGUUUGGCUAUCAUGCUCCCGAGUAUGCAAUGACUGGGCAGCUGAACUCCAAGAGCGAUGUGUACAGCUUUGGUGUUGUCUUACUUGAGCUACUCACUGGUCGUAAACCUGUUGAUCAUACCUUACCUCGUGGACAACAAAGCCUUGUGACAUGGGCUACACCUAAACUCAGUGAAGAUAAAGUAAAGCAGUGUAUUGAUCCGAGACUCAAUGGAGAAUACCCUCCUAAGGCUGUCGCAAAGAUGGCUGCAAUUGCUGCGUUGUGCAUACAAUAUGAAGCUGAUUUCCGGCCAAACAUGAGCAUCAUCGUCAAGGCACUGCAACCUCUGUCGAAUGCUGCACGAUAUGCCGUCAGACAUGAUGUAUACAGAGAAGUAAAUAUCCGGAAGAUGGGUGAAUUCUAAAUGUGUGCAGUGUUCUAAUUCGAUUGGAAAAGCAGUGAUUUGUUGUUCAUAAUGCCAAAUUUGUGACUACUUCAUUGAUCCUGUUGUCUGGAAGUUGCUGUCACAUUGUUUUAGGGCAUACCCUUCUAUUGAUCCAAUAGUUCAUUGUUUGAUAUCUUGUAUUAUUUAUGUGUGGUGUAAUAUACAAUAAUAUUAAUGCAUCUGGACUUAUAAACUCAAAGCAAAGUGGGAUAAAAGCCUACCCUUGGAGUGUAUAAAAAGAAGCUACUCAAAACAACAACUAUAAUGCUGAAGUCUUAAUCAUAAUGAUUAUGAUAUAUAUUGACUAUGUUAGCAAAAAAAAUUGCUACUAUAAUGAUUAUAUUGGGUUUGGUUCUAUUACAUUAUCAUGAUGAAGUAUAAACUAACACUAUUAUCCUUUCAUUAUUAUCGUUUUUGUUAAAAAGUAACUAUCUGAAUUUCUAUUUUACCCUUAAUUUAUUCUCACUUUAAAUAUUACUAUUUUCGUUUUCUAUUGAAGUUCACACAAGAAAUCUUCAUGGAAAUUAAGAAAAAUAAAAUCUUUUAGAUAUUUCAUUGAAUAAUAAAUUGAUUAAGGAAAAGUGGGGAUCAUAAACAUUUAAAAAAUAUUAAAAAAAGUUAGUGGAAAAAAUAUAGGGACCAUAACAUAUUAAAAAAUGUUUUAAAAAGUUAGCGGGAAAUAUAUGAGGAUAAUAAAAAAUAUAAAAAUAAAGUUAGGGGAACAUAUAUAAGGGCUAUAAGUAAUAUUAAAAUAUGUGAUAUAAACAAAAAUGAUUUUUAUAGGAACAACAAUUAGAAUAUCCUAAAAUGACAAAUAAGAACUUCUUUAAGAAAUAGAGAGAGUAACUUUUAUCUACUAUUAUAGGGGUACUAUAGAUAUUAUGCCUUUUACAAUGACAUUUCUUAAAACUUGUGCCAAAAGACAGUGUUACAAGUAAGUAGGACGACAAUGUUUAAGAAAGCAGUGUUGCAAGGAAAUAAGGUGUUCAAAAGAUACUCGACGACCCGAUAUUCACACGACUUUGUAACAAAAUCCUAUUUAACCCGAU